AUGACACGCAUCCUGUUCGGCAUAGCGUGUUUUCAAUUCCAGCUUGACGUCGUGGAAAAGGUAUCUAGCUGCCGCCAGCUACUGGACUUGAACAUCGCUGAGUUUAGGACGUAUCGAAUUGAAGUAGGUUGGAAAAACCUGAAGGAGUGGAAGGUGAGCGGCAUGCUAUAA